ACACUGAAAUUGUCAGUGAUGUGUGCCACUGCUCUUCAGUAGCUGAGCUGUGCUGUGGUCUCACCAUGUUUAUCCCCUGUAAACUGGUAAUACUGAUACUUGCACUGACUCUUGAUGGCCAAGUUCAUACAGGGGAAAACAUUGGAGGCCGCGAGGCUGUGCCACAUAGUCGGCCAUACAUGGUGCUAUUGAAACGGCACAUGCAGGAUGGUAAAACACUGUGGUGUGGUGGCUUCCUUCUGAAUGAGGAUUUUGUGAUGACUACAGCCCACUGCCAAGCCAGGUCCUACACAGUCUUCCUGGGAGUUCACAAUUUUCGUGAAAGUAAUGGAGUACAGCGUAUACGUGCGGAACAAGCAUUUCCACAUAAAGACUACAAUUCAACUAGUAGGGAAAAUGACAUAAUGCUUCUUAAGUUGAGCUCCAAGGUGGAUUUCAGCAAAAAUGUGAAACCCAUUGCUCUCGCAGACCGAGAUGAUGACUUUCUGCCAGAAUCAUGUAGCAUCUCUGGCUGGGGACGUACAGACAGGGAAACCCAAUAUAUGUCUCUUGUACUCGUGGAAGCCGAUGUAACACUCAUUGUUGAUGAGUGGUGUCAAAGGGGUAACUUUUACUGCUCUGAGGGAGAGACUGGACCAAGUGAGGGAGACUCUGGAGGUUCAUUGGUCUGCGAGGAUGGGAAGGCAUACGGGGUGGUGUCCUUCACCUUGAAACCAAACUCAGGUGGCCCGUUCAUCCAUGGUUAUACUAAGAUUGCUGACCGCAGAAGACAGAUCGAUUUGACCAACGACGCAUCAAAAGGCUCUUAUUACUGUCAGAUUUGAUUUAUCAAAUAAGAAAUAAGUGAUUACACAGUAUUUCAGUUUACUUGUUAACACUGGAGCUGAUAAUUGAGAUGCUAAUAUAGCGACUGAUUCCAUGGCACUGAUUAGGUCUGGGCUAAGAAAACUGAUUAUGUGAUUCAAAUCAAUGUUGAAUCAUAAAAUCCAGAGAUCGAUCUUUAAAUGUAUACCUUUUUCUUGCUUUCAAGUAUUGGCAUGGUGCAUGGGCUUGUUUCCCCCCAAGCUGCAGAGACCCCAGCCACCACUGUUUGUUUCUCCUCUCCAGUAUUAGGAAGCUUUCUCUGGCUGUGAAGUGCAGCGAGUUGGGUGAUUGGAUGGUGUACCAAGGAUACAAUACUUUAACACUUGGAAACUGUACAGGCUGCUUGCACAUGCUGUGCUGCUAGCUUGAUGGACUAAUAUUAGAUACUGUGUGUCACUGCUCUCAUAUUGACAUUUUAUUCAUUAAACACAUUACUGUUUUGAGCAUAAUUUCUCAAAUGAGAACACAGGAUCCUUUAAGUUUGUUUUGUACCAUCGUUUUAAACAAUAAACCAUGUUC